UAUUGUAAUCAACACAAGUCUUUGGUAUUCACCUUUCUUCAAAAUGAAUUCCCUUUUGUUCUUGUUCUUGUCCUUUUUCUUCCUACAUUCAUCUUUGGCAAAUUUUGAUUUCUACAUGUUAAGUCAUACAUGGCCACCAUCUUUCUGUUUGAAAAAAAAUUGUAAAGGCAGAUUACUUGGAAAAUUUACUAUCCAUGGCCUCUGGCCUCAAAACAAUUCAUCGCCUCAGCCAGCUGGAUGCACAUCAAAUUAUACAUUCAAAGCUGAAGAUCUUCCUGCUAAACUUAAAACUGAUUGGCCAGCUAUAAUCGGAGAUGAUACUGACUUGUGGAAGUAUGAGUGGAAUGAGCAUGGCACUUGCUCCAUGUUGACACCAAAUGAGUAUUUUAAGCACUCAUUAGCUCUUUAUGGAAAACCUGGAAAGAAUAUCAAAGAUAUUCUUGCCAAGGCAAAAAUAAAAGCGGGAGAAGAACUCGUUAAGAGAACUGACAUUGAGGCUGCUAUAAAGAAUCAUAUAAAAAAAGAGCCACAAAUUGUUUGUGACCCUACAAAAGAAUAUUUGCUUGAAAUAAGAAUUUGCUACGAUAAAAGCGAUAACUACAAAGAUUGUGCUAGUUAUACAACAAGCUGUAAUGAAGAAGUACGCUACCCAUAUCGUAUAAAAUUAUAAUAGUAGUAAAUAAGAUAAGAAAAAAAAUAAAGUGAAUAAAAUUCUCUGGUUUGUACUACUCAUAUCAAUGCCAUGUAUCUUUUGUUCAUUCUAAUCAACUUGGGAUCUGUAGUUUAACAGAA